AUGGCAGAGCGGGGCGGUUUCGGGCGUGGCUUUGGGCGCGGUGGUCCGAGGGGACGCGGCAGGGGACGCGGCCGUGGUCGAGGCCGUGGUUCAGCCGAAGAUGACCUGAAGGACUGGGUGCCUAUUACUAAGCUGGGUCGUCUCGUGCGUGCGGGAAAAAUCACCUCCAUUGAGGAAGUGUACCUUCAUUCCCUUCCUGUUAAGGAAUUCCAGAUCAUCGAUCACUUCUUCCUUCCUGAGGUCACUUCCCGCCCACUCAAGGAUGAAGUGAUGAAGAUCAUGCCUGUUCAGAAGCAGACGCGCGCUGGACAGAGGACUCGCUUCAAAGCAUUUGUCGCAAUUGGUGACAGUAACGGGCACUGUGGUUUGGGAGUAAAGUGUGCUAAGGAAGUGGCUAGCGCGAUCCGCGGUGCUAUAAUCGCCGCUAAACUGAGCCUUAUUCCAGUCAGGCGUGGCUACUGGGGCAACAAGAUUGGGGACCCCCAUACGGUUCCCAUGAAGGUUUCAGGGAAAUGCGGCUCCGUGCGCGUUCGCCUCAUUCCCGCUCCUCGUGGUACGCACAUUGUAGGCGCUCCCACGACCAAGAAGAUCCUAGCAUUUGCGGGUAUUAAGGACUGCUUCUCAAAUUCCAAUGGUUCAACUAAAACCAGGGGCAACUUCAUGAAGGCGCUUUUCGACGCUCUGAAACAAACCUACGGGUACUUGACCCCCGAUCUCUGGAAGCCCAGACUGUAUACAAAGUCGCCAUUCCAAGAAUGGUCGGACUUCCUGUCUGGCACCAAGGAUGCUCUUGUAGCCGCUUGA